AUGACUCUCUCCUUCUGGAACAUCGAUAAAUCAUUAAAUUCCGAAAAUGAUAGUAUUCGAAUGCCUGUCGGCCAAAAACAAUUCUACUCGCUGGUGUGUGAUCACUUCCACAUUGAUCAAUCGACGAAUAAGUUUCAAGUGAUUAAAGUUGUGCAAGAAAAUGAUGAUAAUAAUAAAGCCAUGUACGUUGUCCACACAUUGGUGCAUCCACCUCAUGGUGAAACAGUGACGAAAGAACUCAUGAGUAAUAGGGUUGAUAAUUAUUCGUCUGAUACGCUUAUAGGCAAACUUAAAUCAAAAUUCCAAAAUUCAAUUCGUUCAAUCACAUUGGGACAUUUCGGGACAGAGGUGAUGAAUCCGAAAUGGAAUCGCGUAUAUGCUAGUGCAAGUGGCAAACCCGGCGGCACGUUCUGGUCAGGCGCUAUCGAUCGAGGCGGCAAACCAUACUAUUGCCCAAAAGGUUGGAAACGAUAUGCUUUGAAAGUGACUGAUAACGAAGCGGAAUUCGAUCAACGAUGGAGCUCAUGGCACAUAGCUUAUCACGGUACAAAGGGCACCAUUGCUGCGGCCAUUCUUGAGUCGAGCUUGAAAGUGAGUACGAGCGGCUGCUAUUUAAAGCGUCCUUCCGUCUAUGUAUCGCCGAGCAUCGAAUACUCUGCACACCCUCGCUACAGCAGUAUUUGGCAAAAAUCUGGCAUCACUAGUAAAUACUGCCAACUUGUCUUCCAAUGUCGUGUUAAUCCACGUCUGGUCACUAAAGACAAUGUGCAUAAAGAAACAUUAUAUCAUGGGCAGAAGCUGAUUGACGCUAACUUUACAAACGAAGAACUGGAAUGGCUCAUUCCAGGGUCGAACAGCAAGGAUGAGUAUAUUACACAGGAUAUUGUGUGCUAUGGCAUUAUGAUUCGAGUGAGUGAUGUGCAUCCAAGUAACUUGCCGUCUUCACACUGGUGGGGACCAAAAUAG